GCAGCCGACUGCGCGCGGCGCGACAUCGAUUUUUCCAUCAAACAAGCCAUUUUCAACCAUCAGUGAGAUUGUAAACACGUUUAGCUCAGAAUCCAACGAUCCAGCAUAAUUGUAUUGAUAAAAAGUGAGACAUGUGAGUGUCUUCCGCGUAAAUAAUGCAACACAUUUCGUCCGCUCUCGACAAUGGCCGCACAAAAUAAAGUUGAAAGGGCAGAAGAAGUUAUGCCUGCGGCCACGGCGGCCGACCCCAACGUCGAACAGAAGGAACGCCUGAUAGCUGCUGUCAAAAAAGAAGUCAAGCAAUUGAUGGAAGAGGCUGUCACUCGGAAGUUUGUCCACGAGGAAAGCGGAGGGGUGACUGCUCUGUGCGGCGCGGUUGAAGCCUGCCUCGGUCAAGGGCUGCGGCGUCGCGCCCUCGGGCUAUUCAAGACCAGCUCUACCACUGCCCUCUUACAUAAGAUUGCCAAGCACUGUCCAGAAGCAGCGUUGGUAUCAGCCAGAGUGCUGGCGGCAGAGGGCACGCCAGCCACGCGCUCAGCGUCUGGCGUGGAGAGGCGGCCGUCAGUUCCGCGACCGCCACUGUGCAAGCGAGGAUCUGGCUCCUUGCUGUCACAGUCACCACCGCAAUCCAAGUACCUCUGGAUCAGGAUAGCUCUCUUCGAGCGUCAACUGGCAAAAAUCAUCGAGCAUUUAGUCAACAACGCAACGAGGUAUUACGAGAGGGACGCACUAGUUGCGGACCCAGACUACGGCAGCAUCCUUAGUUCGUUGCUCGUUGGUCCUUGCGCCUUGGAAUAUUCUAAGGCAAAAGCACCAGCUUGCUUCUGGACAGAUCCACCGGCGGAUGAACUGGUUCAGAGGCACAGGAUGUCUGCCGGUACGACAACGCCGCCGUCUGUUCGAAGACCAAUCCUCAGUUUUCGGAGAAGUCUCAAUGCUUCGUCUGACGACGGUGGAGCUGCCACUACUGGAACGGGAAAUGCAGCGGUGUCAAGUGCCAAAGAUUACGUUGAGAGUUUACAUCAAAACUCUAGAGCGACGCUGUUAUAUGGGAAAAAUAAUGUUCGAGUGCAACCAAAGGACGUAGAGGAACCGAUGCCCGGCUACCUGAGUCUCCAUCAAACAGCUGCUGGGCUGGUUAUCAAAUGGACUCCGAAUCAACUGAUGAACGGAUAUGCCGAAAGUGAAGGUAUUGAUAAGAGUCGGCUUCGAUGGCAUCUAGUGCAUGCUUCGGCGUGCCCUCACGAGUGUAUUCUGUGCAGUGUACAACCUUGCAGCGUGUACAGAAGACGAUGCGCUGGCCCGCUUUGUAUUGAUUGCGUUUACUGGGCAAUGUCGCUCCAGGUGUGCGUAUGGGAAGUGGUAUAUGUACACGUACAUCGAUCUCAAGCUAGCGAUGCUCUCAUAUUAGUGGGCCAAGAUGGAGUCCAGCGACCACCUAUACAUUUCCCUAAAGGAGGUCAUCUUCUUUCAUUCCUGAGCAAUUUGGAAACUGGAUUGCUACCACAUGGACAGCUAGAUCCUCCUUUGUGGUCUCAAAGGGGUUCAGGAAAAGUAUUUGGUCGUAGCAAAAUACGCAGGCGACCAAUGCCUAGCCUGUGUGAGAGAGAAGAAUCUGAGGAACCAGACUGGGAAGAUGUUGCUGGAGAUUAUGUAUUCCGAAUUGUUAACAAUGCUAUUGCCGAUAGGGAGGCUAUGCGUCAUUCACUACUAGAACGCGUAGUGCAGUCUCCACCGCGGACGCCACGACGUCCGUUGGCAUCCACGUCUACAACGUCUUCGGACUCGUCCACUAUGUCCGUGGAUUGUCCGACGUCCGCUGGAUUCAAUGGACACCUACCUGCACUAUCGACGCCAAAUCCUAUUGUUGAAGAGACGGCAUCCAUUGAAUUGGUGUGCAGUACGAUGCGUCGUCAGAUAAUCUCGAGAGCAUUUUACGGCUGGCUAGCAUAUUGCCGACAUCUGUCUACCGUGCGAACUCAUCUUAGUGGUCUAGUGCAUCCUAAUAUUGUACCCAGAGAUGAAACGGAAGCUGGUUUAACAGAAGAGCUAUGGCGAUCAAUGAUGGACAACCGAGGCGUAGUUAGCGAUAAAGAUGAAGUAUAUCGAAUAGUUUACUAUAGUGGAGUUCAACAUGAUAUUAGAAGAGAAGUUUGGCCUUUUCUACUUGGAUAUUACGAAUUUGGCUCAACGGCAGAUGAAAGAAGUGAACAAGAUGCAACAUAUCGACGUCAAUACGAGACAACUAUGUCUGAGUGGUUAUGCGUAGAAGCUAUUGUACGACAACGUGACAGAGAAGCUACGGCUGCGUCGAUCGCACGUUUAACUGAAUCUUCAGGAAAACCUCGGCCUACAGAACCUAAUGAGGUAUUUGAAGAUGACUGCAGUGUAAUAUCAGAUAACCCACCGAUUGUCUCACCAGAGCCUAGUGAGAACGAACAAAAGAAACCAGAAUCUAAACCAGUUCUCUCAAGAGCACCGAGUAUAGAUGAAGUUGACAAUAUUGAAAUGGAUUCGGAAGAGAAAGGGAAAGAUGAUGCUAAUGUUAACGGGGAGACUGAAACAAGUGAUAGUAGGGAAACCGUUGACAUUGACAGCCUUAAUGAUAUUGAUGACGAUGACGAAGACGAAGAAGUAUACAUUAAGAGCGUUGUUGAAAAUCCCGAUAUGAGAAGAGAAAGUAUAGCUGAAAUUAAAAGACUAGCAGAAGGAAUAGUACAAAAGGGUGACGGAAGAGGGUUAUUAUGUAGUGUAGAUAGUGCCAAUGAAAACAAGCUAAAUGGUAAUGAUUGUAGAUCUUCUCUAGAUGAAACUCAAGCAAGUGUACAUCAGCAGCAUACAAGUGUAAUAAUUACUAAUCCUUCAGUUGAUAUAGCACCUUCUGGUUCUCCUGCAUCUGGUGGUACUACAGUGAAUGUCAGCCCAGCGCGGAGUCCAUUAGGAGUUGUUCGUGAAGAAUCACACUCAGCAGGGGCAUCCUUCGAUACUCUAGAGCCCAGCGAUGCCCGCCCUGACAACAGAUCCAACUGUGUUUCUCCUGCAAGUUCUAAUGGCGGAGUAUACUCAAACGAAUUAGUGGAAAGCUUUGCACUAAAUCUACAUCGAAUCGAAAAGGACGUACAACGUUGUGACAGAAAUUAUCCCUUCUUCACCGACGAGAAUUUGGAUAAAUUAAGAAACAUAAUGUGCACGUUUGUGUGGGAGCACCUGGAAAUGGGCUAUAUGCAAGGCAUGUGCGACCUUGCAGCUCCGUUACUGGUGGUGAUGAAGGAAGAAGCCGUAGCGCAUGCGUUGUUUUCACGCCUGAUGGCUCGAGCCCGAGACAACUUCCCGUCAGGACAGGCUAUGGAUGCUCACUUUGCUGAUAUGAGGUCAUUAAUUCAGAUCUUAGACUGCGAGCUGUAUGAGUUGAUGCACGCACACGGAGAUUAUACGCACUUUUAUUUCUGCUACCGCUGGUUUCUUCUCGAUUUUAAGCGAGAGCUACUCUAUCAGGAUGUUUUCGCAGCAUGGGAGCUGAUAUGGGCCGCACGAUACGUAGCCUCGGAGCACAUGGUGCUAUUCAUCGCACUUGCUUUGCUCGAAACUUACCGAGACGUGAUUUUAGCUAAUACCAUGGACUUCACGGACAUCAUUAAGUUCUUCAACGAAAUGGCUGAGCGUCACGACGCAUCCGCUGUGUUAUCUUUAGCCAGAGAUCUUGUUCUACAAGUUCAAACUUUAAUUGAAAAUAAAUAAGGUUCAAAUUAUAAAAACGCACAGAUCUCGUAGAAGAUAAUGGUCAAUGUUAUGCAUCAUGGAACAAACGUUCAAAUAAUAACUAGUCCUAGUAAUUAGAUGAAUCUUAUAACAAUUUUAUCAAGUUAUUAGAUAAAAAUGUGACAGUGUUUGUAUGACUGUAGAUGUCUUUACUAUUACUACUGCGUAUAUCAGGUGGUAGGUAUAAGGCACGGUGCACAUUAACAUAUAUGGCUUUAUACUAUUAUUCUUUGUACCUAUUAGCCUAUCUGUUAAAAUACUUAUUGGAAUUGAAUUUAUUGUUAAAAUAAUUACUUUUCUAUAGAUUUUACUGUUCUUUUAAAUAAUAAUCAUUUGACUACAUUGUUUAUUAGGAAUGUACCUAAGUAGGUGUCUUCGUUUGAUUAAACAUAAUAAGAUUAAGUUAUCAUAUUAUAUUUUAUACAAAUUGGAAAAAGAACGAAGGGAGAGAUUUGAUAAAGAGAUAAAUCGGAUACGAUGAUAUUUUUAAUAACAUAUAUUUAUAAUCAGCUUAGUAUUUUACUAAAUGAUAAAUAUUCGACAUUCAAGUAGGUGUUCAUAAUAUAUCGAUGUGAUGAUGAAUAAAUUUUUUGUUGAAAUCAUAUUAAAAUAUAUACUUAUGUAUUCCUAAAUAUUGCUAGAUUUUGUCAUAAAAAUGUACCUGAAUAUAAUGUUUUCAGCAUUAUAAUAUGUUCACUGACCGCCAAAUAUUGUAAAGUAAUUAUAACGUACGAAAAAUACUUUUUAUUGUAAAAAAUAGUAAAGGUCCACCAAAAUUUAAACGCCAUUUUUACUUAAAAUAGUAAUAUACUUACUAUUUAACAUUUCGUUAUUCUACUUAGGUACUAACAUUAUUGCCCAGGGGAAGGCAUUUUUCGGCUCGUUUCGGCGCCCCUCGAUAGGUAGGUACCUAGGAAAGCAAGCUCGAAGUUUUUGAUAUUUAUGUAGAAUAAAAAUAAAUAUUUAUCAAUUAGAACAAUUAAUAACUAAUAAUUAUUAGCUAUCAUUGCUUAUGUAAUCCUUAUGAUUAUCAGACUCAAUUGAAAAAUAAAGAGGCAUAAACCAAAUUUAUGCAAAGAAAUCUGUCUGACCCUAAUUACCCAGCUUAGAUAAAAAUGUAAAAUAUGUGAUUAGUUUCCAGGAAACGGUUCUAACGAUUUGGAUGAAAUUUUGAAUUUAGAUAAUGUUUUACCUUUCAAGAUUAUGUGAAUUAACUAUUGAUUUUUUUUUAAUUAAAAAAAAUUAAAUAGUUAACUACCUAUAAGGUAAGGUACCUUGCAGGUAACUAUUCAGAUAAUCUAAAAGGAAAUAUUAUGUAACAUUAAAAUCAAUGUUGGUUAAAUGCUAUGACUAAGCUAUACAAACCUCUAUAUUUUGAUAAUUACCAUCGUAAUCAAUUAUUAUAUAAUUGUUUUAUUUAGUUUACACUUUAACGUCACUGAUUUUUAACUAGGUUGGCAGAAGGCACGUUCCUAAUUAAAAAAUGUUUUUUUCGUUUGCAAAGAUAUUUUAAAACUCUAGUUAGGCAAAGCUCAUAUUCAAUAUAUUAUGUGUAUUUUAAAAAGUGAAGCCAAAUUCAUAAGCUUAUGACCGUGUAUCAGCACUUACAUACCUCCUAUAACAUUGGCGCGGGUUUUGUGCUAUUCUAGUAUUAUAUAUCUUUUUACGUAAUAUUUAUAAUAUCAUUAGUACUCUGUAAGUAAUUAUGGUAUAAAAAUAACCCUGAAAUAAUGAAGAAUACAUACGGAGAUACAGAUAAAAUAAAUAUGCAUAUUUAAAUGUUACGUGAGUACACG